UGCUUAGCUGACUAUGUUUUUGUUUUGUGAGUUUUCCCAUUCGUCUGUCAAAUGUGGCUGCGGGAUAAUUUUGCCUGAACCAAACAUGAAAUCUUUUAUAAAUUUGGUUUUAAACUGAUACUUUAUAUGAUAAAAUCGUAAUAUUCAAACCAAUUUAAUGAGUUACAUCAUAGGUACGAAAACAAAGGUGGGAAGUUAGUUUUAUAUCUAUAAUCAGUAUAGUUUCUUCAGAGUAGGGUGUUGCAAGAAAGUAUGGUAAAUAAAAUCAUAUUCAAAAUGUUAGUAGCCCAUAAAUUAUAGUGAUGGAGGUGAAUACAACCGAUGAAUGGGCUGCAGAGGAAGAACAACCCAGUAAAUGCUCCUCACUUAUAAGUUUUGAGGAUGGAGAGCUAGUUGAAUAUACCAAUGAGGAUUUGAAUGCCUCUCAAGAUUCUACAGACAAUAAUUUAGCUGGAACAGAUGAUAAAAUUGAGUUUAUUCUAAAACCAAGUUUAAAAGGUAUUACACAGGCCAAGAAACGUCUCAAAGCAUUUACUGCUUCAAAAUUACUGAAAAAUGUUCAGCUAAAAGAUGACAAGGCUUUGAGUAGCAAUAAAAGUGAGAGUAGUACUACGAAAAAGUUGAAGAAAGAAUUAUACCCUGAUGAGAGAGCUAGGGCAGUAAUUCAAGAAAUUGAAGAAAUUAAAAAAGCUCAGGCAAAACAGCAAAUCCAGCAAAUUGCUUAUGUUGAAUCCUUAAAUAAACUUCGUACAUUGCCACUGAUAACUAAAAAGGCAAAAUCUAGAUCAAAAUCACUAUCCUCAGAUGAUGACAGACUAGAGGGACAUUUCAAAAAACGUGAAAUUAGGGUUCGCAAUAUCAGGCGUGGUAAAACCCGCUCUGUAUCACCAGAAACACGUAAGAAGAAUCAUGAAAAAGUGUCGUAUCCGAAGAAUUGGGCAGAGUACCUUCAGCAAAACUUUGACAUAAAGAAAGAUCAAGACUUAAAAUUAAAGCUGUUUCCAUAUAAAAGGAAAAAUCCAUUAGAAAUAUAUAAAAAAAUCUACAACCCUCAAACACCAUCUAUAAAACUAGAACCAUUUACUUAUAGUACAAAUGCUGGUUCAAAAGAGACUCCUCCAUUGUUUGUUAGGUUUACAAAGGCGCACCCUACUGUGCAAUAUAGUGCCAAUUCAUCUGCUAUUGCUGAGAGUUUCAUAAGUAGAAAGCAGUUGUUUUCAAUUAUUUCAAAAGAGGCUAAAGAGACUAUUGAAAAAUUGAUCAACACCAAUCAAAGAUUACCAGCUGCAAAGAUGUUGAAAGAACGCCCUUGGUAUAGCAAGACCUGGAAAAAAAUCAGUUCAGGUGAAUCUAAGUUUGUAGAAAAUUCUGUCGGUCUGUCUUUUCUGCAAACAUAUUCAGAUGAUGAUAAUGAUGCAAAUGAUGAAGAAGAAAUCAUCAUUUGUAGCAGGGUAACCACAAGUGAAAAACCCUCUGAGCAAUCAAACUAUGAGAGCAUAGAAGAUGCUGUGCAAUCACAGGAGAAUUCAGAUACUGAAAAACAGCAAGAAGAGCUAGUUUAUACAAAAGACAAUGAUGAAAUGGUAACUGAAGGUGUUGCAGAACAAGUCCCAAGCAAGACUUUCCAAGAACCUGCAGAACAAAUGCAUUAUGAAACUUGUCAACAAACCCCUGACAAAACUCCUCAAACGUUCAUAGACAGAACUCCAGAGGUCCUUCCAGAAGAAAUGACUGAUGUACCUCUCCAAGAUGAAAAUGAAAUUGGUCAAACCCCUGAUGGUAGAUAUUCUGAUGGUUUCAGAACUCCUGAAUUACGCCCGAAUAUAGAAAGCAUUAGUGAAGAUAGAGAAUUGGAUGAAACUAGAAGGGCUAUUGAAGAACUUGAAGAUGAGUUGAUAAGGAAGCAGGACGUAUUGAAAGAAGAUGUCAGACAUGUCAUUGAACUGGAUUUGAAGAAUGUAAAGAAGAAAAAGAAAGAUAUCGCAACAACUGAGAAGGCAAAUAAGAAGAAAAAGAAAAAGGAGAAGGCAAAGAAGUGUGUGAGCUCUGAGGAUGAAUCUUCAAGUUCAGAUGGGAAAAAGAAGAGUAAAAAGAAAAGUAAAAGCAAAAAGUUGAAGAAGAAAUCAGAAGAUGAAAAAGCGAAAAAACGCUCAAAGAAAAAGAAAAAACAAAGUGCUGGUUUUUCAGAUAAUUCAGUCAGUGAAGAAGAUGAAGAGCCUCCGAAAAAGAAGACUAGCAAGAAGAAAAAACGUAAGGAGAUCACUAAGAAGCUCAAAAAGAAAAAGCAUAAGAAGGAUAAGAAGAAGACAGACUGGGAUGAGACUGAUGAAGAAACAGUAGAUGAAUAUAGUGAUGAAGAAAAGACUGAAUCUAGGAAACUCAGAAGAAAACUGGAAGGAGAACAUAUUUCUAAGAAAAAAAAUAAGCAGCGCAUUUUUGAGAUUGUCAGUUCCAAAGAUGAAUCUGAUAAUAAGGAAUUUGGCAUAGAAUUGAAGAUAAAUAAGAAAUAUCUAAUGAGAAAGGGUGAAAAUAGGGAAAUCACUGAAGAUGGCCACUUAGAAUCUGAAGAAUUCGUGCCUAGCAAAAAAUUAGCAGAAGCGUUUGACGAAGAAUUUCCUCUAGAGAAAGAUAUGUCCGUAUCAAAUAAAGUUGUCGAAAAAUCUCCUUACCCACAUUGGGAAAGUGAUGAAGAAGUAUCACCAACCAAAUCUCAGAAACUUAACACUUCUUGGGAGAGCGACGAGGAGGUUUUUGUCAGACGACAUUAUGAACCUGAACCAGAGUCAGAAAAAGGUGUACCAAAAUCAUUUAAUGAUAGUUGUGGGGACCUUGAAAUACCUCUUAAUAUUAAACCCUACAAAAAGAGAGAACCCGAGGUCGACUUAAGAGUGCAAAUGGAAAUGAAAAGGAAAGGAAAUAUUGAUUUUAUUGGCCAGAUCAAGAAUGAUGAUAACAUUAAGAUGGAGAAACCAGUAUCUAUGUUUGAGAAUGAUUUUGAUGAAACUAGUAAAUCUGAUAAACACGAAACAUCUUUUGAGGAUCAUACUGUUGUUGAGAAACAGGUGCUUGGUGAAAUAAAUAAGCAAAUGGAGAACAAAAGAACAGAAUUGAAGAUGGAUUUUGAAGGUCAGAUAUCCACCACAUGUAAAAAACCUAUAGAAAUAGAAAACCUUGACAUGGAGCAUAAAAUCCCUCAUGAUAUAGAAAAGAAUAAAGUGCCAGAGGAAAGAGAAAAUGUAUUUCUAGAUUUUGAAACCACACAAUCCAAAAUAGUCACUCCUAAAAGAGGAAGAUGGGAUAAGAGAGAAUCGCUUGCGAAAAUUUCCAGCGUUUCCACUCCUAAAUCGGAAACAGAUUCGACUUCAACACAAUCUUUUCACUCUGAGAAGAACAGCAGCAAUAGUAUCAUAGACUUAACUACUAAUAAUGCCUCUUUAGAAAACGAGUAUGAAGAAUUUUUAAAAGCAGUUACCUCGAACGUGGCAGAGGAUCCUGAGAAAUCCAUGCCUAUAUCCAUUAGCAGUAUAUCUGAUAUGAGUGAUACAGAUUCAGUACCAGUUAGCUUUAAUAAAACUGAUUUCAUACAAAAUGACAAACCACUAGUACAGAUCCCGGUUGUGUUACCUAAAGACAUACCAUUCAUACCAAUGCCUGCAGAGGUAAGCGAAAUAAAACCUGUACCGGUUCCCUCGCCGAAAUUUGAAGUUAAGAAGCCGCUAGUAGCGUUAGAUCUUAAUCUCAUCUCAGCCAUACAGAAACCGCCAGUCAGCGCAAAUGCUACUAUAUCUCGUGUGGCUGGUGUGGAUCUUGCUAUUCAAGGAGCAGGACCAGAUGUCAUCAGGACACCAGCUUCAAUAUUUGAUGAUGCUUCGGCUUCAAAUUCUGGUGAGCUGGCUAGCAUAAAUCUACCACCGUCAUGUGAAAGUACGUCUGCAGCUGAGGAUAUUCACCAACAAAAGUCCGAAUUAGCUGAAGAUACUCUGACUAAGAAAAUUGUUGAUGAUGUAGCUCCCGCCAAGCCCCCAGAAAAACAAUUUAGUUUUAGUGGGAUGGUUUUGACAUCGAAGAAGUUACUUCUCGAUAAGCCUAAGUUGAAUUUCGGAGAUUCUGAUGACGAUGAGCCAAAAUCAUCGUUGACAAAACUGGAAGAUAUAAAAAAAGAAAAUUCCAAGAUACCGCCAAAAUAUGAAAAUGUCGUUGAGCAAAAAAUCAUGGAACAAAAAGUGGCCAUAGAAGAAAAGAUUUUAUCAGAUGAGAAAAGAGUUUUUGAGGAAAAGAAGGAAGUUGGACAAUCAGCAAAAGUGCUAAUAAAGGAAGAAGCAAAGGUAGAAAGGAAGAGAAGUAGGUCGAGAAGUCCUUAUUCUUCAAGGAGCAAAGAAGGGGAUAGAAAGAGAGAAGUGUCUCCGUAUAAGAGGCGGAGGAGUCCUUCGCCUAGAAGCAGGAAAAGAAUCAGUCCUCCACGAAGGAAGGACUCGCCGAGAAGGGGCUCUUCUCCUAGGAAGAGAUCGCCUGGUAGAAGGAGAACGCCAGAAAGGAAAAAGCUUCCAUCACGAAGAAGUCCCUCUCCUAGAAGGAGUAGCAGUGGAGCAUCGAGUAGAAAGAAAAGCAGGCGGAGUACAACACCACGAAAAAGGGGCCUAUCUCCCAAAAGAAGAAGCCCAUCCCCUAGAAAGCGAAGUAUAUCACCAAGAAAACGACUAUCUUCGCCAAAACGGAAGCGUAGUUUAUCGCCGAGGAGGAGAAGCUCGCCCAGAAGAGGUGCCUCUCCUAAACCCUCGUCUAAAAGGUUGCGCUCCAAGUCGCCGGAAAGGAUUCAGACUAUUAUGGACUCUAGGCCUAGGUCACCACCCCGAUCAACCUCACCCCACGAAGGUUUGAAGCGCAGUAUCGCCGACUCGACAAUUUCCGAUGACCUCCUACCUCAACCUAGCCUUCCGUACGAGGAGUACGCGAACUCACCCUCGUUCUUCGAACGCAGAUCGGCGGAUUCUCCAAGGAGAAUCCCCUUGGAGGAACGCAUCAGCCAGGUGCUGGGGGAGAGCAAGGAGGAGGAACCUAAGGCGAUCACUUCCACGUAUGAUAAUUAUGCGAGGUACAAUCAGGGGGAUUAUUCUAAUCAAAUGGAUUAUCCAACAACCAACUACAAGCCAAGCAGUUAUGUACAGGUGGGAAAUAUGCUGCAAAUUGUGCCAACUGAAUUGCCUGCAGAAAGGCCUACAGCAAAUGUUGAAGUGGUGUGUCAGGAUAAACCCAGUAUAAUACAGGUCGGAAACAUGCUCCAGAUCGUGCCAACUGUAAUUUCUCCUCAAAUGCCUCCCCUACCGCCAACUCCCGCAGCCCCAAAAGAACAGAUCCCUGGAAUCUCAGGUGCUUCUGAAGCGAUCGCCUCUCCGUCUCCGGUAAUGAAGCAGUCAGCCGAAGAGAGCAUGCAGCAAAAGGUGGCUGAAAGAAGGGCUGAGAGGGAAAAGCGGAAGCUUGAGAGGGAGAAGAAGAGGGAAGAGAAGGAAAAGAAGAGGAAUGAGAAGGAGAAGAAACGGCAGAUUCGAUUGAAGUUGAAGACGGAAAAUAUGAUCAAGCGAGCACUCCAGCUGGAAGUAGGUGGUGAAGAAGAGGAAACCGCCAAUGGGACUCAAGCUAAGUGGCCUCCCAUUUCAGUGGUAUGCAGUACUCCAAAAGAUAUCGGAAAGAGCAUAUUGAGUGUGGGGAAACGUGAAGGGAAAAGCACUCCUCAGAAAGUUGUAUCAUUUGCUGACGGUAUUAGGCCAGGUGAAGGUACUUCGCCAUCUGCUGGCGAGGAAUUGAGCUCUCCACCACCGAAAAAAUUACCUAAGGAGAAGCGUUACACGAAAACCAAUAUAGUGGAGAAGAAUAAGAAGAAGAAAGUUAAGGUAGGAUUAUGUCAUAACUUUAUAUUAUGGUCCACUUUCUUGUUUUGUAUUUUUUUGGUAUUAUUAAGUGAUCAUCUUCGAUUUUUAAUUUGUAUUAUUUUACGUUUGUUGUUAGUUCUAACUAUUGUUUCUUUUUAUGUACUCGAUCUUAUUUAGCUUUGAAAUCAUUUCUUUUAUUUUUAAAAGAAUAUUGUUUAUUGUAUUGAUAUGAAGUUAAUUCGUGCCUUUGGCCAUUUAAUCGUGCCAUACAGAUUCUAAACAUUCAUUUGGAAUUCUAUAGGAUAAGAAUGGAAGUAAGCCAGCUACGGAGAUUGUGUCUGAUGGGAAGAAAACUCCAAGGUACAUUGGAAUAAGGAAUGGCAAAACCGGAGAUAACACGCAGAAAAACGUGAAGAUAAUCAAGAAACCUCUCCUACCGCUACUAUCCUCGGAUGGCCCCGACUCAGACGAAGACGACAACCUGCCGCCUCCAUCCCCACCACCUGGCUCGCCGCCUCCGCAUAUCUUCCCGCCGCGCGUUAAAGUGCCCGCCCCCAAUAACCUGAUCCCGUACGCCACGCCCACGCAUAUGCAGAUGUUUGGGGCGCCGCUGGGGUUGAUGAUGGCUCCGCCUCCGCCACCACCGCCUCCGCUGCCCCCGAAUACUCCGCCUGGGAGUAGACAAUCGCCUGUUGGACAUGGAGGCAGAUCGUUAGGUCUUCAACAGUAAAUGGUAUUUGGGUCGCAUAGCCAUAGUCAUCGUACCCAACUUUAUCAUUUUUGACUGUGCAAAUAAUGCUGACAAGAUGUAUAACAUGUACAGAAACUGUUUAAGGUUACAAUUUUUGCUACUCCGCGGGAGUUGCUACGCACGAUUUAGUGGGGUUUCCUGUUUGUUUUUUUUUAUGUUAAAACUAUUCUAUUGAGUAACUGAUAUGAAAUAAUUCUUUAUAUGUACCUAGAUCUUUUUUUUAAAUAAGUGAUACUGCUAGAAUUGUAUAGUUUUUCUUAUUCAGUGAAUAAUAACUAUUGUCUGAGACUGUAGUAAUAUAUUGUUUCUUUGCAACAGCA